UACAAAGAGGGUGAUAUCAGUCAGCCACUGAAUCUUGUCCUGGGCACAUCUCAGUAAUUCUGAAACCGCUGUGAAAACAAUCUAAGCCAUUCCUUGAUAUCAAAAAUACUCGUACUCUGCUGAACAGCUAUUUCAACUAUUACUCCAUCUUAAAUUCCGAAAAUCAGAGCCACCAUAUCGUAAUCAUGUUCGACGACGAGCCAAUCUCCAGCUUUGUGUUCACCAACGACGAGACGAAGCAGACCUUCCACCACCAGUGGUUCGCUAAGGGCCAUCUGCACGAGUGUGCCACCUGCUACAGCUCCAUCGACGCGGAUGAGCCGCCCUCGCAGCACUGGCUGCGCGGAGGAGAAGGCUCCCAGGGGCUGCAGCUCACCAAGCAGCAGCAGGCCGUCCUGGACAUAAUCGAGGCCCGCCAGAUCGAGACCUUCUUCUUCUGCGACGAGAGCUCCAAGGACAAGCUGGACCACUUUAUGGGGGAGACCUGUGCCCGCGGCAUCCCCGAGCUGCUCCGCUGGAUGUUCCAGAACAACACCGUGGCCGUGGAAUUCAAUCUGGCCUGCUACGUGAACGCCAUGGAUCAGGUGCUUAUCUUCCAGAGCGGGUCCUUGAAGGUGGACCACCACUACGACGUGGACGAGUGCGUCGGAGUUCUCUACGAGAUGCUGAUGCAGAGGAUCGAGAACUACCUGAACUGCAGCAGUGAGUACGGCAUGGCCGAGUGCAGCAUCACCAGGUUGAAGGUGCAGGUCAAAAGGAUUAGGGUGGACGCGGAGAGUCAGUCAGCGGAGUCCCCCUUCUUCGCCCUGCCCCUGCAGCUGAAGCAGGAGGAGGGUCUGACCACCACUUCCAGUCCACCCACCAGCGAAGCUGAGUUGGCCAGCCUGCGAUCCGCCUACCUCAAGCACUUUCGCGAGUGCAACGGCUACUUCCCGCCAAACAUGCGGGUCAAUCUCUACGGCCUGCAGCAGUGCAAGACCACCAAGGAGCUGUACGUGGUGCCCUACCACAUCAGCGAAACCCUCCAGCAGCUGCCCAACAAGAACUUCCUGAUCCUGAACAACAUCAUGGGGCAGUUCCAGCGGCUCCACGAGCUCUCCACCCCCGUCAAGUCGAUCGAAAGGGACCCCACCAGCUCGCCCCUGAAGGACCUGCACUGCCGAAGGUGCCGCACGAAGUUCUCGAGGAGCAGCAAACUGCAAAUCCACCAGAGGCUGCGCUGCGGCCAGGACUUCACCGUGGACAGCAUGCACGCGGACAUCGUCGAGAUCUACGAGCAGUGCCUGCCCAUCUCGAGGAGCGUCUUCCAGCACGCCUGCUACGGCAUCACUAGGCCCAAGACCGUGAUGCGGAAGGGUCAGUUCGUGCCCAUCGAGUGCGACUGGCGCAGCGAGAGCUCCGUGAAGGUGCAGCACGGCCCGUGUGUGGUCAUUAGCAACGCCCAGCACAGCAGCCCCUGUAAAUUUUAUUAAUAAACAAUAACUUUAAGCACAGACAUUGAUUCUUUCUAACUGUGGGGGCUAAAAGUACAAAAACAAAUAUUACUUUUCAAUUUAAAAUAUUUGUAUACCCGAUUGAUAUUAAUAUCUUAUGAGAAUUUUUCAUUGUAUUUGCUGUACAUUUAUUCAAAUCGUUUACUCAAACAAAACCUUCGCCCAAAUUUUCUAUUAUUUCAAACAACGGGCUAGAACUUCGGAUUUCCUAUGAGACCAACAAAGUAGUUAAAUCACAGAUUGAAUAAUUUUUGUUUUAUGAGAAAAGGCCAAAAUUGGUCAUUUAAAAAUAGCUUACAUUUGAAGCUUGAACAUCUAUAAUUAUAAUCAGAUAUCGUAAUUAUUAAGUCUUUUAUAUUAAAACCAAAAAGAAUAAAAAUCAUUUUAGUUUUAUU